ACGCAGUUCUCAGAAGAGUUUCGCCCAGUCCCCAACUUCUUUUGCCACUACUAUCAAAUUGCUAAAAUUUAUUCUUUCCAUAAUCAGUUUUUUGUGCGCAAUCAACCACAAUGGAACUCGACAAAGAUCAGCUCAAGCUGCUGAAGAAUGCCUUUGACGCUUUUGACACGGAAAAGAAUGGUUACAUUCAGACUGACAUGAUUGGGAUGAUUCUGGAAAUGCUUGGCCAGACACUGGACGACAAGUCUCUGCAAGCAGUAAUUCGGGAACACGAUCAGCGACAGACUGGCAAGUUAGAUUUUGAAAAGUUCGCCCAAUUGGCGUCAAAGUAUGUGGAGGUUGAGGAGGAUUUCGAAGCCGUUCAGAGGGAGCUCAAGGAAGCCUUUCGACUCUAUGACAAGGAGGGCAAGGGCUACUUGACACUCGAGGUGUUGCGGGAUAUUUUGAGGGAGUUGGACGAUAAGAUAACCGAGGACGACCUCGACAUGAUGAUUGACGAAAUCGAUGCCGAUGGUUCAGGAACUGUUGAUUUCGACGAAUUCAUGGAAGUCAUGACAGGUUAAUCAUAUUCAGUGAAAAUAUCAUCAGUCCUUGUGAAUACAAAAUAUUACAACAUUGUGUUACAUUUCUCUCUGUUCUGCAAGAUAUCAAGCAAAAAGAAAACUGAUAAAAUUGUUAGAGGAAAUAAAAUUUAGGAGAUUUUGCAGUUAUGCCACAAUGUAAAGUCAUCCUUGUAGGCUCAUUACUCUUCUCUCUAGCGAUGCCCAUUGUAAUUUGUGAAUCGAAAAUGUAUCUAUUUGUUGUUUUAUAAUAAUUUUAUAAUAAAACCUACAUAUAUCGCUCUAAAUAAAUCACCAUAUUUUACUGAUUCACUGAUGGUGUCUUGCGGCAACUCAAUGGAAUUUUUCUCACACCCAAAAUUGAAUCAGGAAGAGUCAGAAUGAAGUGCAUCUCUCACAUUUUGGCCACUUUCCAACAUGUUUGUGGAUAAAUCGGAGCAUUUUCGGUGUACAUAGCAGUGCUAAAACCAAUUUAAUUUGUACUUAGUCCGUGUUCGUAAUAAGUGUUAUAAUAAUAAAAUGUUUUCCAUCAUGUAAAUAUUUGUACCAGACUUUAUUUAUAGUGGCGUAUUUAUUGGGUAAAUAAAGAAAGUACUGAAAUUUGAUGGCACAGUUCAUUCGUGGAAAGACG